AGCAGUAGACAAGGAAAUAACUAAUGAUAACGAUAAAUAAUUUAUUAAAAGUAAUUACAAAAGACAUUUUGAAUAGUACGACUAGAAUUUUGGUAACGUAAUAAUGAAAGUGUCGAGUAAAGAUGAAACAAAUUUACAAAUUAAAGUUCUGGACGGAGACAGUGACUUCAAAGUUUCAGGAUGGGGUUACAGGCAUCAACAAUGUUUGAUUUUAUUUUUUUGUUUAACAACUGCGUAUAGUAUGAGAGCCUGUAUGGGAGUGGCUUUGGUUGCCAUGGUGAAUUCUGAUUUUAAUACACAUUCAUUAGUAACAAAUCAUUCACUAUUAGCAAUUAAUAGGAACAAAAGCAUAAAUCCUUUAGACGCUAACAAUUAUCCCUCAAUGGAUGAAGUUAAAGCUGGUGGAUUUCUUCAUUCCCUUCUCCUGAUACCACCAUAUCCCAAAUUUGAUUGGAAUAAGAAGACACAAGACUACAUACUGUCUUCUUUUUUUCUGGGUUACAUGCUUCUACAAAUUCCUGCUGGUCAGCUAGCCCAUUUUUUCGGAGCUAGAUACUUGCUUACCGGCGCUCUCUUAAUUAAUUGUGUAAUGUCUUUCUGUUUACCUUGGGCUUCUUUUUACGGCGGAUGGAUAUUGACAUCAAUAUUCAGAAUAAUUCAAGGUUUGAGUCAAGCCUGUGUUAUACCGGGGAUGCACACGAUGUUCGGAAAAUGGACUACAUUGGAAGAAAGAGGGCGAUUAGCGGGAUUAGCGUAUGGAGGCCAAGCUUUCGGUACGGUAUUAGGACUACCUAUAACAGGGUUCAUUGCUUCAUCGCCAUUGGGCUGGCCAGGAAUCUUUCGGUUCUAUGGAAUCCUCUCUGGAAUAUUUGGUGGUAUAAUUUGGGCUUUAGGAGCUGACAGCCCCGAGGAACAUCCUAAAAUAUCUCUUGCUGAACGGCAAUAUAUCGAAGAGAGCUUAGGGCACACCGGAAUUAAUAAAAAGAAGCUUGAAGUACCGUGGAGUUCCAUUCUUCGAUCUCGGGGAUUGUAUGCGAUAGUGAUUGCACAUGUGGGUCAAACCUGGGGUCAACUUACGCUGUAUUCUGAAGUUCCUGCAUAUAUGGAUAAAGUUAUGGGAGUAAAUAUAAAAGCUAAUGGUAUUUUGACUGCUCUUCCAUUCCUUAUUAUGUGGUUCACAAAUUUCUUCUUCAGUUGGUUUACUGAUAUGCUCAUUGUAAAGAAAAUUCUGAGUGUUAGGAAUACUAGAAAAUUCGCUAAUUCAUUGGGAAGUAUCCCGGCUGGAAUAGGACUAAUUGCAUUAGCAUAUGCUCCUAAGAACAUAUACGUGGUGGAAAUAAUAUUAAUAGUUAUCUGUGCUUUUAAAAUUUCAUGUCACGUCGGUUUUCAAAUCAAUCAUAUCGAUAUAUCAAGUAAUUUCUCUGGAACAAUGAUGAGCAUUAGUAAUUUCGUGUCCAAUUUUGUCGGCAUACUUGCACCGGUUGUGGCUGGUUAUAUCCUGACAGACGUGACUAACGCGUUCCUGUGGCGAAAAGUAUUCUUCGUAUCAGCUGGUCUUUACUUCUUUACGAAUCUAAUGUAUGUGAUCCUCUGUACGGCUGAAAAGGCUGAGUGGGAUAAUCUUCCAGAAGAUAAAAAAGAAGUUGAAGACUUGAAAGAAAUGGAACCCAUGGUUGUCGAAAAGAAUACUAAUUUUUGUAAUGGGGAAACAAAGUAAAAUGAAUACAAUAUA